GUUGUCUUCGCUCCAUAGAGCGUUGCGCGUGGAUUCGGACCUGAAUGUAAAUUCCAACUUGGCCUUCUUGGUGUUGAUUUGUUGUGAUGAUCGAUGCAACUUGCGACAACAUGUGCCUUCCAGCGCUGGCCAGAAGCAGUUCUCCCGUCGACAAGGGAAAGCGCAUCUAUGGCCAAGGCAGCCAAGAUGUGGCUGCCAGUGAUUGGCCAGGAAGAAGAAGCAGCUUACUUCAAGACGAGGCCUAUGCCCAGCAGUUCGAUUCUGCUGCGGGAUCACAUACAGGUGCUCAGGGCCCCUCCUCGGUGCGAGUAUAUUCUCACAGCGACAGGGACAGGUUGUACGAUGGCUUGGCGGGACGCCCGGGCUGGCAAGGCCCACCGGCGCCCUUCAAUACGCCGAGACGACGCUUCCCGGGUGCUGGGGUUUCCCAGGUGGAUUUGCUGUUGCGCAACGCGACCAAACCCCUGGCGUCUGAGCACCCCUCGGAGUACGGGGAGCUGUACAGCGGUGCAGCGGGUGCCCCGAAGCAUUGGCUGCUGGCGGGGCAGGCGGUGGCGACUCCACGCUACCGAUCUCACCCGGUGGGAGCUGGGCCCUCUCAGGUGGGAAACUUCGAAAGACAAGGCACACUAUAA